CGCGCAUGCCCAAUAGCAAUAGUUGCCAUCGUGUUUCAUCAUUUAUGCAAGAUUUUGGGCCUUUUUAACUCCAUUAAAUGAUGAAAAUCGUGUAAACGGAUGCAAGAUAUCAAGGCAAACUUUACUCGAUAAACCAAAGAAUCAGCCUUUGUCAUGUCAAGUCGUAUGUGUAACCAGUGCGGUUGCACUGAUAUUGACAUUGACUCGGCCAGAGGAGAUGCCGUGUGCACAGGAUGUGGGUCGGUGCUGGAAGAUCAGAUCAUUGUCUCGGAGGUUCAGUUUCAAGAAAAUUCUGGUGGCGGCUCUUCUCUCAUUGGCCAGUUUGUCUCUUCAGAAGGAGGAAAGUCCUUCUCAAUCGGAGGCACCUUCACUCAUGGCAUGCAAAAGGAAUCAAGAACUGUCACGUUGCAGAAUGGUAAAAAGAAAAUUCAGCACCUUGCUAGCCAACUUAAUCUGAACAAUCACUGUGUGGACACGGCGUUCAAUUUCUACAAAAUGGCCGUCGCAAAACGCAUGACGAUGGGAAGGAAGUCCACACAUGUUAUUGCUGCGUGCCUGUAUCUUGUGUGCCGCGUAGAGAAAACAUCCCACAUGCUUCUCGACUUCAGUGAUGCAUUACAGGUGAAUGUGUACAGUCUUGGCAGAACCUAUCUACAUCUUUCCCGGGAGCUCUGCAUCAAUCUACCGGAUGUUGACCCAUGCCUUUACAUUUCUCGGUUCGCCCAUGCCCUGCAGUUUGGAGACAAGACCCACGAGGUGUCGAUGACAGCAAUGCGCCUUGUUUCAAGAAUGAAGAGGGACUGGAUGUCCACAGGGAGACGGCCCAGUGGCCUCUGUGGGGCAGCUCUGUUGGUGUCAGCCAGAAUCCAUGAGUUCUCCAGAACUGUCAAAGAAAUCAUCAAGGUGGUCAAAGUCUGUCAAACCACCCUGAGAAAAAGGUUGCUGGAGUUUGAGGAGACACCAUCUAGUCAGCUGACCAUUGAGGAGUUUCAAACCAUUGACCUAGAGGAGGAGCAGGACCCACCAUGCUUCACGGAAGGCAAGAAACGUGCUAAAAAGGUUGCACUUCCAGACAUGACAUGUGAAAUCUCCAAACUACAGGAAGAAAUCGAAGAGACUCUGGCCAAUCAGAAACCAAGGGGUAUCUGGGCAGCAUACGCUAAAAUGCCUGAUGACUCUUCAUCCAUUGCGUCGGAGAUGUCAAGCAUAGGUGACCUUCUGGACCUCGAUACCUCAUGUGAUUCGGGCAAACAUAGCAGUGUAGACUCAUCUCCUUCAAUAUUGAAGAGUACCAGUGAUUCUGAUCUUGAGUCAAAACUUGCAUCACAAAAUCAUACAGAUGAUAGUGACAAAAUAUGUGAAAUUUUGAAGGAAACAGAUAGAGUUGUCAGUGAUACAAAUAUAGGUAGUACUUUUAAAGAUUCGGAAUUAAAUAGUAAAUUAACAGAUUCAGACUUAAAUAUAAACGAUUCUGUGACAGGAAGCAAACAUUUAGACAAGGAUACUAUAGCUAGUGAAAUAAUUAUGGGUGAAGGGGUUUUAAAUUCUGAAGAAAGGAGUAAUGUGACUUGUGACACAGUAGGCUCCCUUGGAUUUUUGGAUAAAGUUGCUCCCCUUGACUCAGGAGUUAGUGAGAUUGUUAGCAAUUGUAUGGUCGAGAGUAACGAGAACUCAUGUGACGGGAUGAAGGAGGAUGAAGAGCUGGACCUUACGGGCAUUGACGAUGAUGAGAUCGACAGACUGUUGUUGACGGAAAAAGAGAUUCAGUUAAAGACAAAGAUCUGGAUGACGGAAAAUGCAGAUUACCUUGAGGAACAGAAAUUGAAAGAAGAAAAAAGGCUGAAGGAGGCUGAAGAAGAGGCUAAGAAACCUCCAGAGAAAAGAAGGAAAAAAAUCCAACGCAAAAAGAAAGUACCGCUACCGGAGGCCACCACACCUCAGGAAGCAAUACAGCGGAUUAUUCAAGAAAAAAGGAUCUCGUGUAAAAUCAAUUAUGACGUACUCAACGAUCUCAACGUGCGCUCCGCGUCAUCUGUUAAAUCUACUGUACCGACAGGAGGCUCUAUAUUAAAAGAAACCAAGGGGCCGGUUUCAAGAUUGCACAAUACCAGUGUGACCUUUGAUCUUGUAACUGAGACGCCACCAGCCAAGAAGCAGCGCAAAGAAGAAUUACCUCCUAUACUACCUCAGAUGGAUAUAAAGCCCACAGAUAAAUCCACACCAGAUGUUGUCAUUGAAUCGGGACCCGUGCAAUAUGAACAGAAAGAUGAUGGUUACGGUGAGGAGGAGGAGGACUAUUUUGAGGAGGAAGACCAACACCUCAGUGCAGCUCAGAUGCUAGGACAUACAGGAGGGGAAGAAGACUAUGACUAUGAUGACUAGCCUUGUCGAGUUGUACCAUACAUGAUGACAGAUGGACUACAGGGUAUAUUACAGACGUUAUGAUUGGCAUUGAGAUCAUACAUGAUGAUAUACAUUGACCAUAGGAUUGUUCAAUGUGGGAAAUUUCUUGCUAUGAUAUUCAUGUGCCCCCUUGAACAAUUAACAAUACAAUGUUAGAACAAGUCUUUGUGCUCAGGGGCUUUGAUUAAGGACAGUCUCAAGUCAAAGUCUGGACUCAGCAAAUUUUUUUUAUUGAAUUACAAUGAAUCAUUUUUGUACCAUUUGUUUUAUAAAAAUAUAUAAUAAAAAUGUGAAUAAUUGUACAAUUUUGAAUAGUAUAAAUAAAUUCAGCAAAUUUAAUCUUCAAAAUUCAAUUAGGAAGAAAGAAACGGUGGAAUGAAGAUUUAUGGUUUUGCCACUUGAGUCUGAACUCAAGACUUGAGACUGUUCGUAAAUAUGGCCCCUGAACAUCCAUAGAAUAAUUAGAUCUUCAAGUUAGUAUUUAUGACCUUUGCGCAUGAUGACGCGACUUGUGUGUCACUCACUGCAUCAUUCUUAAUUCUGGUGUAUCACAUUAGAUUGUUUGAUGAAGUUUGAUAUUUUGGUGAAAAUGAAUUUGUGACAUAUUAGAAAAGUUCAAUUUAUUUACAAUGGUACUGACUUUGUUUUUAUUAAAUUUUGGCGUCAAACCCAUACUGUUCAUAAUUUUUCAAAGCCAUGCUCCCGUCUUUUGGUCAAAUGUCUGAGUAUGUAUCUAAUUGAUUCAAUAUGGAGGCAGUUUAUAAUAUACAUGUUGUCUCCUUAGCACAAGAAGAACUGUAACUGACUUUUUUCAAAUUUAUCAGGAAAGGCAAAAACCUCAUUUUCUUUUUUCCUAUAAUUAAUCUGUUCUAUAGUUUAAAUGCUUUAAAUGAAAUUUGAUUUAAUACGUUAAAAAGGAACAAAAUUUAUUUUAAUAUUUUUCUGAAAGAAAUCGAAAACUAUUUUUUUAAGUAGAAUAUGGCUUUGAAACGUUCACAGGAUAGAAAAGUAAAUCUGAUUGAAUUAUGUGAAGAAAUUAAUUUCACCAUUGAACAUUUUAUACUAGAUGAGGAAUUGUACCUAUUUGGCACUGUAGUGACCAUCAAAAUUUGUAUGUUAAAUGCUUGCAAUAUGAAUAUAUAUAAAGUCCCACCCUAUGACCAUGCUUUGUAAUACUUGUUUUAUGAAUAUUUCUUGUAACCAAAUUUUAAUUGGUCAAUUAUGUCUGCUAUGAAAUUUAUAUUGGAUGAUAUUUAUGAUUAUCAGGGCAUUAAUGUGUUUGUCUUUUUUGUACAUGAUGGGCCAAUUGUUCAGAACAUCGUUAAAGUUAAUGCGAAUAAUGACAUCGUUGUUAACUUUUAAACUUGAAAUAUUUGAUAAUGUGCUCAGAUAUUUAAACAUGAAGAAGUACAGCUUAAACAGUUGAAAAUACAGCAGAUCACAUGUGUAUCCAUUUAACUUCCAAAGCAGUAACAAUUUGAAUGUAAAUAAUGGUUAUGUUAACAACAUUGUUUGGUUGUCCGGUUAGCGCAGAGGUUAGCACUAUCACUUCUCAACAAGGCAACUCCGGUUCGAUUACCGGCCUGGGUACAUGUGAUUUUGGUAAGUGGUGAAAGCCGGACAAGUGUUUUUCUCCUCGUAGUCCUGAUUUCCCUGUACAACACAAUACCUACCUCUCGCACAACAUCGUGCCAACAAGAGUGACCUUGUAUAAGUUAUCAUAACUUUCAUCACAAGCGUAAAAUAUAUAAUGCUCAAUCUAGCAACAUUUUUAACUUAAACAAAGUUCUGAACAAUUAGCCCAUUGGCUAUCACAUAUUAUAUGUUGAUAGGAGAAAUCACCAAUUUCUUGUACAAGUAUUGUGUUUUUCUGAUAUCCAAUACAUUCUAUUGUUUUAUUAUCUUUUGGGAUAAACUGAACAUACAUGUACAACUGAAAAGGCAGCUUUAUUUAUUGUUAUACUAUUAUUGGCAUUGAAUUCUGUCACCUUUAAAUCACGAUUUUAAGUUCAGAAAAUCAUGAACAUUAACACAAUAUUGCUACAUUAUAAUUUUUUAAGUGUCUGUGUUUGCCUCGUGUCCAGCUUCCGCACCUGCCCUCGGGAUGGAAUGACCAUCUGCUUGAAAAACAUUUUUUGAAAAAAAAAAAUGCAUACUUUAAAUUAGGGAUGCAAACGAAUGGCAAAAUUGAUAUUGGAAUAUUUGGUAAUUCUUUCGAACGAAUAUUCAAUAACCGAAAAACAUCUUUUAAAAGUUGUAGUAAACUUUUGUUAUAUUCGCUAAAAUAAUAGUGUUACAUUUUAACCCUUCUUUGUCGUAACCACUACGCGCGGCGGACCAUGAAUUUCACCAAAUGAGCCUCGGAAGUUCCUCAUUUUAGAAAGACAAAAGGUAGUAAAGUAUGAACAAAGAAACAACAAAAUAUUUUAAUUUAUAUUCCUCUGCCUUCAUAUCUGUAAACAACGUAACUUAGAUGGAUUCUGGUCAAAUGGCAUUAUGCGCCAAUGGAAGGUCUUUCCGUAGUACGAGAGCCUCGUUCUGGGAUUGACCUCUACUAAAUAAAACUAUGGAAAAACCAAACCAACUCGGGGACUAGUUAAUUCCUCGAUUGGCAAAGGCAUUCAAAUUUACUGAAACUAAUUGAAUUUUGUGUGUCACUUGUUUUAUUAAGGCAGUUAUUGUAAAAUUACGGGGUCUUUUUAUGGUACCCGACGAUAUGUCCCUAAAUGGCAUAUGACACGUGUUUAGUGUAUCACAUUCACACCUCUGGCAGUAUUGGUCAGUUGGUGUCAAAACAAGACAAACAAACUUUAAACACAAUAACAGAGUUGUAGGCAAAAGGUUUAUUAUUAUAUUUAUUCGACACCAAAAGACAUAGAAUAUUUGAAUACCGAUUUUGACAUUUGAAUACCAAACGUUUGAUCGAAUAUUUGUUUGCAUCCCUACUUUAAAUGUUAAACGUUUUUAAUGUUUAAGAUUAAAUAUUCAGCUUUAUGAUGUUUCACCAAAACAUGAGUGUUUAGGAUGUGUAGUAAUUUUUUGAAACACAGAUGAUGUUACAUAGUUAUGAACACAGAUGUUUGAAUGAAUUGUACUGAUUUGACAUCAUUAUUUAAUUUGCUUAAAAUGAUACAGUUAGACUUGUUAUCCAUGGAGAGUUGAGAUUUUUUUCAAGCACUCAGGUUAAAUGAUACAAGUAUCUGUUAUGCAAAAAGUCCUUUACAACAUUAGAAAUGGAAGAACUUUUAAAUUAUUUGCUCUCUUUAUUUCACUGUCUCACUUACAUUCUGUUGUUAAAAGAAUGAAGAAUAUUUUGCAUAAUUGUGUAUCAUUGCAACACAAGAAAAUUAAUGUUGCCAGAAGCUUAAUAACAAAACUUAAUUUGAUUUGUUUUUACAAUGGCAGUUUUGUAAGAAUUUAUUAUAUUCAUGAUCAUAAAUUAAUCAUAAAAUUAUUAAACAUUUUUUAAGUAUUUUACAACUUGGAAGUGGUUUUUUUUCAACUUCAAUAAAAUUUGUUAGAUAAUCAAUGUCAGCUUUUGUUGUCUCCUGCGUGGCAUUGCAAACAUGUAUUAUAGGGAUCAUGUUGUUCAGCAUCAUCACACUUUCAUUUUUGCUCUCCAGCUUAAGCAUUGGUUAACCAAUCUUUACCAAACUUGGUAACAAUGUUUGUUGGCAUAAAAAUCGAUCAACAGCCGGAUCACACUAUUAAAUCCAGAGUUAUGGCCCUUUAGACGACAAAAUUUACAUUCCAAAAAUGUGGGCGCUCCUAGCAGGCAACAUCAAUUAUGUGAAUUCUAGUUCAUGAUGAUUGAUAGUUCUAAUUUAUUUUAUUUAUUGUGAACUAUUUAUCGAUUAUUUAGAUCAUGUAAUAUGUUUUAUUGUUCCAUGUUUGAUGGAAAUAUAUAAUAAUGUACAAAUAGAUUUUUGCUUUGUUGAUCAACAAUGUAAAACGUCUUGCAUGUAAAUUGUUAAUAAUUGUUUCAAGUGAUAUUUUCACUUUAGCUGUUCACUAAAUAAUCUUCUGCAUGUGAAAAUUAAAAUGCAUGACUUUCUAUGGUACUUGAAUGAAUUAUGAAAAUUUCAAUGAAAUAUGUGAUUUCUGUUCUUCCAAAUUCCUGUAAUGUUAUAGUGAUUUCCAUGUUCUUAUACAGAACUAGGAACAACUACUGAGCUAUCACUUUUUGAAGCUUUAUAAAGGCAAAUUAAUGUUUUACCAGGUAUUUAUUAUUUGUUCAAAUGAAGUUUUGUGAAAAAUGGAAAGCAUUGAAUAAAAUAGUGA